AUGGAGCUCAACUGGGAAUUGAUCGAUCUGAUAUGCAGCGUCAUUGUCCAGAAUAUUAUCAUUGGGACCUUGCUGAUUGCGACGCCAAAGCGCUCACCGUAUCGCUUCCUUGCCAUCCCCAUUCUGAUAUGGAACGCUAGCCGAUUUGCACGUCCGCUGGACUUCUCCGUGUACAUUCGGACAAAUGCAGUGAGUUGUCUUGUGGUCGCCGUGAUCACGGCCAUCAAUGUCUUGCUCAUCAACCCGCUCGAUGAGCGCGACCUUGCACGCGAAAUGCCCACCACGUUUUUCAGGUCGGGCCAUUUUUAUUACGUCUUUGAGAUCCUCUCAUUCACUCGUGGCAUCAAGACCCCACGUCAAGUGAAGAAUUUGCCUGCCCAGCCUGCGUUCUAUGAUCGCUAUGGCGGGAAGAUCCCGGUCGGUCGCUAUCUGCUGAGACAGUUGGCUAUCAUGGCCUGGCAGUUUAUGGUCAUUGAUAUUUUCCAAACUUUGAGCGGCCAGAUGGCUUCAGAGGCUGGAUUACAGGAGAUUGAGUACAAUGUCCCAAUGGAAAAAUGGAUUGAGCGUGCUAUUGCGCACAAUAUCACCUGGUUCCUCGUUGGCCGACUUAUUAUCGAUUGCUCCUUCAGACUCUCUUCAAUCGUAUUUGUGAGUCUGGGUCUUGAUGAGCCGUCGAACUGGCUACCCGUAUUUGGCCGUAUGAAAGACGCGUAUUCUCUGCGCAACUUUUGGGGUAAAUUCUGGCACCAGAUGUUGCGCCAGCCUUUCACCACCAUGAGUAAUUUUCUCGCGCGCGAUGUCUUGCAUCUCCCAAGGCCAUCCAUUCUCGAGCGGUAUACGAAUACAUUCAUCGUCUUCUUCUUAUCUGGCGUGAUGCAUUUCAUCCUCGAUAUCGUGGCCGAUAUCCCGUGGGAACUUUCGGGCGCAAUGCACUUCUUCUUAUCAUUUGUUUUGGGAAUAAUGAUCGAGGAUGGCGUGCAAGCCUUGUGGAAACGAGUUUCACCCCCGCAGAUAUCUAAAGACGGGGAGGUUGUCACUCCUCUGUGGAAGAAAGUUGUUGAGCGCUUGGCGCAAUUACCUCGCACUGACCUUGUGCCACUCAGUGUUGUGAGCAAGCUUGGAAUCGAAACGGGAGGAGGAUUGGCGUGUGUCGGCGCUCUACUGUUGUGGUUUACCGUGGCGCCGGAAGUGUGA